UCCUCUGGUCUCUCUGACUGUAGGUUUGUAAUGGAGAUGAAUGAUGAACAGGACCGGCCCUAUGGAUGCAGCACUCCUGGCUGCUCACAGCGGUUCCAAACAGAAGAUCACCUGAUGAUCCACAGACACAAGCAUGAAAUGACCCUCAAGUUCUCCUCCAUCAAGACUGAUCCCCUCGCAGACCAGACCCCAACGCCGACCCGUUUCCUGCGUAACUGUGAGGAGGUGGGUCUCUUCAAUGAGAUCGAACAAGAGUUCUGCCAGGCACAGGAGGAGCAGAACAACAAACAGACUCAGAAUCUCCCUCAGAAUGGAUCAUCAUGUGCCAGUCAGCCCCAGGCACAGCUCCACUCCCAACACCAACCACCGCCCCAUGGUGGUAUGAGGGGUCUAAGCUGCAACAUGGCUGGCCAACAAGCACUGCCCUCUGCCCAGUCCAACUCAGUCAUCACCCAGGCCCCCUCCAUGCUCACACACUCAGGGUAA